AUGGGUCGUGGGGGAGAGAGACGAGAGAAGUUAGGGGCGGGGCAGGUCAUCCCUUGGAGUGAGUAGAUCGAGAAACAUUCGUCACGUGAUGACCGAUGGAUCGUUAUUGACGGUCACGUGUACGACGUAACGGAAUGGUCAAAAAAGCAUUCCGGUGGAGCGAGGCUUUUAGGUCACUACGCUGGACAAGACGCUACUGAAGCGUUCGGUGCUUUCCAUACUAAUUUGGACCAUGUGAAGAAGUACCUUAAACCAAUUCAUGUCGGGCCUGUGGAAGGUUACGUGGAUCAUGAAAUGAACAAAGAUUUCAGAAAGUUGAAAGAAACAGCAAUUAGAAUGAAACUGUUUGAACCAAGCUAUGUUUUCUACACGGUUACUUUAGGACAUAUACUUGUUCUCCGUUCAAAUUGA